AUGGAGAACCCCCUCGCAAUCGCAACAGUGUCCCUCGGCCAACACGCCUCCCACACACUCCCUUCCAAAAUUGUCGCAGCCGCACACCACGGCUUCUCGGCCCUAGAAAUCGUAUACAACGACCUCGCCACUUAUGCCGCGUCAAAAACGCCCAAAAUAACUAUUCAAGCUGCAGCCAAAGACAUUUCCUCGCUCUGUGCCUCUCAUAACAUUUCUAUUCUGUCACUAAACCCAUUCAAAAACUUCGAAGGCCAUUCCUCACCACUUAGCGAGCGACUUGACUCUGCAAGGCAUUGGAUUGAAGUCGCCAGUUUACUCCAAGCGCAGCAUUUACAAGUUCCAUCUCAAUUCGAUACAGAGAAUAGUACCGGAGAUGAGAAUGUCGUCAUUUCUGAACUACAGCAACUGGCGGAUAUGGCGGCGAAGAUUGCACCGGGGUUAAGGAUUGCCUAUGAAGCUGUCGCCUGGGGGAGUUAUGUCGAUACAUGGCAGGAUUCCUUGCGAAUCGUGGAGUUGGUCAACAGGGCAAAUUUCGGCGUCUGUCUUGACUCGUUUCACGUCGUUGCGCGGCUGUGGGGUGAUAUCAUGUCUGAAUCCGGCAAACAGGAAACAGGUCAAAACGUGGACGACGCUCUUCGACAAUCCCUAGACGAGUUUGGACUAGCCUGUCCACUGGAUAAAAUCUUUUACGUGCAGCUCUCCGACGGAGAGAAAUAUUCGCCGCCAUUGAGCCCGGAGCAUAGGUUUUACGAAGCAAGCUUUCCAUCUGCCCUUACAUGGUCGAGGAAUACCAGGCCGUUUCCUCUCGAGACAGAGUAUGGGGGUUAUAUGCCUGUUACCGAGGUGGCGAAAGCGUGGUUGGCGGAAAAGGGGUGGAAGGGAUAUGUUUCACUUGAGGUGUUUGAUUGGAGAAUGAGGGAGGAAGGGAAUGGGCCUAAGGAUAAUGCGAGGAGAGGGAUUGAGUCGUGGAGAAAGCUUGUAGCAGAGCUCAACAAGGAAUAA